AUGACCACCAUUCCGGGAAAUGGAGACGCAAAUGGAACGACGGAUCUGCAGGUCAGACUAAAGUACAGCAAAAGCGAGAAAGAUGAUUGGACUAAAGUAGAAGACAAGGCACUUAGGAAGAGGAUACAGGACAGGCUAGCGAAGAGGAAGAGCCGAACGCAUGGACCCAAGGACAAGACAAAGAAAAGGCAUGGGCCUAAACACUCAAAAGAGACAUGUGAAAUAGCGGCAAUCUCGGAGGAGGCGGCUACCAGGAGCGAGAGCGAAAGCCUUUGGAGAGAUACGACAGAUACGCCAAGCCAAGUCCUGAAAGAACGCUGGGUCGCAUCGUCCAGCAACUCUCCACCUUUUCAAGAUGAUGUUGACAAGACGAUUCAAGGGAUUUUCGCAACCCCCGGGCUUGCCGAGCAUCGUUACAUCAGCCUCAUGGAAUACUCUGUGCUUCGAGCUUUCUUCCAGAAUGCAAAUUUGCUGGCCAUAGACCCAGUUCUCCUCGCAGAUGACUAUGCCCUCUCGCCAUGGACAACAUCGAAUCCGUAUCCAGGAUUUGCGCCGGAUGAUCUUAGCCCAACGCCACUGCAAUUGUCGACGCCGCAUCAUCCAUACCUCGAUAUGAUUACUCCUCCAUCGCUGAGGGAUAAUGUCCUUCUUUCUGUCAUGACCGAUGAGCAGGAGGAUCGGCUCUGCUAUGAGAUGCAUCGUGGCUCCUUCACGAUUUGGGGCUCUCAGCCGUGGAAUGCACUCGGUAUGUAG